AUGAAUAAUGAGGGAGUAUGGACCACAGUAACAUACAAGAAAGACAGACCACAACCACACUUUUAUAGAGGAGACAAUUAUCAAUAUGAUCAAAGCAAUCAGAGGGAUACCUAUGAUCACAAUGACCGCAGACAAUUCUAUAACAAUCCCAGUGGGGAUAUAGAUAGACACAAUCAGAAUCUGAAUAGACAUCAGAACAGAGGUCAUUGGAACACCUACCGCCAAAAUAGAAUGAGAGACCACUGGGAGGAGAAUAGAAAUACUAACCUCCACUACAGGACAAGACAACAGAAUAGGGAACACUACCAACAUAGCUAUGAGAGAAGACCCAAUAGGGAAUAUCUCCCAUCCAACUAUGAAGGACCCUACCACCAAAGAGACAACUUCCCACCUCCAAGAUGGAAUCAAGGGAACAGGGCCACAUAUGGGUACAGCCAGUCCCCAAGAUGGAAUCACGACUACAGACCCACCCAAGGGUUUAAUCAAUCUCCUAGAUGGAAUAGGAAUGAAAGACCCCUCUAUGGAAAUAGAUAUCACCACCAUUCACGGAAUGGCGAGCAAGGGGAAAGGUUCAAUGGCAAUCAGAAUCGCCACUUCCAUAACCAAGACCCCCAAUAUCAGAGGGACACAUUGAAUACAUCGAACACAGCACCCCAUGAUGACUUCACCGAAUGGAAGACCCCUCGUGCGGAACGCACACAAGGGAACAAGAAUAUCAAUAAUAGAGUAGGCUUCAAGGACUCAGAUGCCAGUCCCACAGCCUCUACCUCUAGAAACCAUUUUUUAGAACUACAUCAGAAAACCACCAAGGAACUGGAGAGAAUAUCUACAAAAAGAAAGAUGUCAAAUCCAGAUGAUCCCGAUGAUCUCCAGAGAGGUGGAAAAAGAGUGAAUGGAAACAAGAAACAGGAAGAGACCAUGAUGACGGACACAAACAACACGAUCAAAGGGAUAUACAACCUUAGCUCUACUACUCUAUCAGAACAGGAGAAGUCGAUCCUAAACUACGGGAAAUUAACGUUAAAAUUACAUUUUAUGAGGUCACCUCUGGAAUACCAACAGAGAGUUCCUAUGAAUGACACCCAAUCCAAUAUUGAUCACUACCAGCACACAAAUCUCAAGCCAAAAUCCACAUUCUAUCCAACAGCAAGCAAAGGGAGCGCGAUUGAGUCAUUUGAAACUGUAGUAUGCAAUGAACUGAAAAACAUCAGUCACACCAAGCUUACCAAGCACAAACAGAACCUAUCAAGAAAUCAAAUCCAUACCAUCAAAGCCUUGGAGAAGAACAAGGAUCUGGUGAUUAAACCUGCGGACAAGGGAGGGGGCAUUGUAGUCCUCGAUAAGACAGACUACUAUGCAGAAUGUACCAGAAUUUUGUCUGAUCAAGAUACAUAUGAAGUCCUAAGGAAUAACCCUGUGGCUCAGUUUAAGGAAGAAAUAGAUUGGAUCUUGGGGGAGGCUCACUAG